UACACAGAUGCCCCAUCCACACUAUCAUUUUCUAUGUUCAGUGGACCGUAAAAAUGGGGUAAAAUCCCUACUUUGAAAUUAAAAUUAGUAAGAUUAUGUCAUAGGGAACUUGAAGCAGGACAGAGGGACAAACGGACGGAUGAAAAGACGAAUGAACAGACCAGAAAACAUAAUGCCCAUAAAUGGGGCUUAAUAAAUGGGGCAUAAAAAUUGGGCAUAAAAAGACGUAGAUCUCAAAUUAUAAAGUUAUAUAAAUAUACAUGUGCAGAAUGAUGGAUGCACAGAAGGAUUGAAUUAUGGAUUAUGAAGUAUGUCUUCCAAAAAUGCUCAUUUCUGCAGGGGACAAAUAUCACUUCUAUGAUUAAUAGUUAUUUAAAUAAAUUAUGGAAAAUGUUUGAUCUUUCAGAGAAGUGACAUGUAUGGUGUAUGUAGGACUGACACAAGAAGAGGCACUGAGACUUGCCUGCAUUGACAAUGACAUGGCUAAGUCAUUGCCAUUUACUUUUCAGGAUAAAAUAAAGUUGGCACAUCAGUUCCACUUAGAAGGUCAGGAAGAUUUGAAUAGAAAAAUGAAGGAGGUCCUUAGCCAAAUUGAAUUAAAGGAAAUUAAGGACAGCAUAAGUACAAUACUGAGUGUUGCACGUUAUCCAGAGGAUUCAUUCCAGUUGUUUGAAACCAUAGUUAGAAACUAUGAACUUCAAAAGGGUGUAAACCAUAGUGUUCCGCAAAGGCUAUUUAGAUUACUGCAGGCAGAAUCGAAUGUUACAAGGGCUCAUUUCCUGCAGAUGGCAGCUGACAGCAAAAGUUUACAAAAGGCAGCUGAAAGUUUAGUAAAUAAUAAAAAGGAAAAAGCUCUUGAAAGGAUUUUCACUGAACAGACUGGGGAAGAUUCGUGGAAUUCGGCUGUUGAGAAAUAUCCUAAUUAUUCGAAAAAACUGAAUGAGUUCAAAGACAUGAAAACACCAAAAUAUAUACCGGACAAGCUAAUACAGUACUGCAAAAAGGCAAAGGAAAGUGAAGACCAAUUAGAAAAAACCAAAAUAGAACUUAAAAUUAUUGUAGGGUCAAGAGAUGUGUCCAAUAACAAAGAUGUUUCAGCAAUAAUAUCAAAAUACUCAAAAAUUAUUUUGGAUGAAAUAAAUAAAGUGGAGGGUCUUCAUUUUGAAGAGUAAUUAUUAAGAUGUCAGUAAUAUAAAUUUAAAUUUCAGUAUUUUUUCUAUUUUUGGGUCACUUGUGAAAAAUAAAAAAAUUGAGCUUUUGCAACCUUUUGUAUUUUCUGUUCAAUAACUUUUGAACUGUAUAACCAAAGCUUUUAAAUUUAAUUAUGUUUUUUCCAAUGAAUAAAUGAAAGACAACUUCCAUAUUGAUAUGUACAAUACAAUUUUAUAUAUGAUGUUCAUAUAUAUAUUAUAAUUACACCUUAUGUAAGAAUCCUGGGUUUUGAUUGGUUGAUAUCCAGUAUAUUUUUCACCAAUUUACUGUUAUCAAAUGAAUAUCGUUCAUUUUUUAACGCCGCCGGGGUAUAUGCAAAAAGGAUAUGCCUUUUUUACCCUCUCUGCCAUGGUAUUUGCCAAAAAAUACUCUAUCCGACUGGACGCUUGUAACGUCACGAUCAUCAAUGUGUUUUUGAACGUUAACAUUCUGUGUAAUUAAACAGAU